AUGUUCAAUUCGUUUCAGAACACUGGGUAUAAUCCUAACUAUGGAGUACCCAAUCAGCAACAACAACAACAACAACAACAGUCCCUCUACACUCAACCAACUGGCUUCGGACAACCCAACUUGUAUGCAUCGAGCCAACCGACUGGCUAUGUCCAAACGCAGCCAACAGGCUUUCAAGGUGCACCCACAGUUGUUGAAAACCAUGAUUUGAAAAUUCCGCCUUUCCGAUUAUCAUUCAUUACUGUGGAUGAUCAAAAGAAAUUUGAGCAUCUUUUCAGAACUGCCGUUCCUCGUGGAGAACAAGCAAUCAGUGGUGACUCGGCCAGUACAAUUUUGAUGAGAUCAGGUUUGAGUCCAGUUACUUUGGCUGAAAUUUGGACCUUAUCUGAUAUUGACAAGACAGGAUCCUUGCUUUUUCCUGAGUUUGCAUUGAGUUUGCAUUUGUGCAACACGGCAAAGCGUGGAGAACCGCUUCCCGGUGUCCUUCCUGAAAAAUGGCUUAAUGAGGUAAAGAGCUUUAUGGAUGCAAUCAACUUCAGCAUUCCUGAUGAUCCCAACAAAAUUCUUGCCAAUACUCCUUUUGCAAAGAAGGACGAUUGGAUGUACAAUCAACCGUCGAUGAAUACACAAGCUACCGGAUUCAACCAGCCACCAACGACAUUCGCACCUCAAGCCACUGGAUUUGGAAAUUCCUUUGCUCCUCAGGCCACUGGGUUCAAUCAACAAUCACAAACAUCAUCUUUCAACCAGCAACCUCAAAACAAUUGGGUCGCUCCACAACUUACUGGUUACAACCAGCAACCACAGCCAUCAACCAGUUUUGGAGGUGGCGGCGGUAUUGGUGGUAGUGUUACUGGCGAGUUUGUUCCGUUGCAGCCUCAACAAACUGCUGGUUUGAUACAGAAGACUGGACCUCUUCAAGCCCAAGGGACUGGAUUUAACCAACUUCCUCAACAACGCACAGGAGGAUUUGCUCCUCAAAGCACUGGAAUUGAGCCCCAACGUACUGGUGGACUCGUGCCGCAAACCACUGGGUUUCAACAAACUAGCGGAGGAUUCAACACCCUUGGUUUGCAGCCACAAAGAACUGGCCCCUUGCAAGCGAAUAGAACCGGUCCAGCCCCUUUGCAGUCUCAGCCAACUGGUCCCUUGCAGCAACAACAAACGGGUGCUUUACAACCACAACCAACGGGCUUUUUGCAACAACAACCUACUGGCUAUUUACAAGCCCAGCCAACUGGAAGACCUGGUGAAUGGGGAUUUGUCAAUAUGCCAACAGGUGGAUAUUCCGGCUUGAAUACGAUGCACAAAGUAUUUCAACCAAACACCAACCAAAAUUUUCAAGAUUUGAAUAAAGUUAUGAGCAAUAAUGCUGCGACUAAUGUGACUUGGGCCAUUACCAAACAGGAGAAGCAAGUCUAUGACAAUCUAUUUCAAGCAUGGGAUACGGGCAGAAGAGGAUACGUGGAUUCAAAUGUAGCUCUUAAUGUAUUCACAAAGUCUGGUUUGAGUAGACUGGAUUUGGAAGCAAUUUGGACCUUGGCCGAUACUGAUGAUGCUGGAAAAUUGAACAAAAAUCAAUUUGCCGUGGCAAUGCAUUUGAUUUAUAGAAGAUUGAAUGGAUUGGAGAUUCCUCUUAGAUUACCACCUGAAUUAAUCCCUCCAGCAGAAAGAACCUUGAAGGACACAAUGGACAAUUUGAAAAACUCCUUAAAGAAUAAUGGGGGGCUCAAGUCUGCGAAAAGCUACAAGCCACAAACAAAGGUGGAUGGUGCAAGAUUCAAAAACGAUGAUGACAAUUUUGGAUAUGUCUCGCGUGCUCGCCACAAGAGUAGAGACCAAGGAUCACCCAGUGCUUCAAAUGAGAAGGACAAGAAUCUUACCAUAGAUGAGUUGAAGAAGAGCAUUAAAGAAAAGAAGAUUUUGUUGGAUGCUUUGGAUGUCGAGGAUGAAGAAAAACAACACAAUGACACCAGUGCAAUUGACAAGUUGAAAAGUCAAAUUUUCGAUUUGCAAACAAAAAUCACAAGUCAAGCUCCCAACAACAACAACAAAAACUUGUGGCUUCAAAAAUUAAACCAUUUAACUAGAGAUAAAAUUCCAAAGUUGAUUUCAAAUAUAAAUCAAGUCAAUCAAGAGAUUUCUGAAAAAAGCAUUGAAUUGGUUAAACUCAAAUUGAGGCAAGAGGACCCUUCAUGGGAUGACAAGAAUGUUGAUCUCAAUGCAGUUUCGAACGAUUAUGGAAAAUUUGACUUGAAGCAGAAAAUGGCAUUGCUCACGGGUAAAGGCGGCAGUGGAGGCUCUGAUUUCAAGUUUAAGGAGGCGGUUCAGAAGUCCAAGUCUGAAUUUAAAGGGCAAUCUGACAUGGUGAAGGAUAUUGAGGCUGGUAUCAGGACGAUGGAGGAUGAAUGUGCUUCGAAACUCAAGACCUCCUCCAGAGUUGAAGUUGGAUAUGAGAAAUGGGAGAAGGGCUUUGGAAUUAGUCAAACUGUUGCUUCAUUUGUUAGAGAAUUGCAAAGAUAUCAAGAUGAUGCAACUGCAAAGGCGCAGCCAGUGGCUAAACCUGUUCCUCAAUCGAACAACAACGGGCCUCAACCUCAGCAGGAGCAGGUUAAUUCUACAAAAGUCAGUGCAGUCAAUUCUUCAUCUGCUGAGCCUCGUGCAGCGUACUCAACCCCGGAAGAGAGGGCGGCUUACAUAAAGGCAGAGGCAGAGAAGAGAAUGGCAGCUAGACUUGAGAAGCUUGGAAUCAGUCGUCACAAGAAUCUGGGUAAGAGGUCGACUGAAAAGCCAACACCUGCUGCUGUUCAGUCAAAACCCGUACAAGAUGACAGAAACGUGAAGCAGGAGGAGAACAUGAAUAACGCACCACAACUUGUUAAGCAAAAGACUGGGGCUCCUGAGGUGAAUAAGGUCGAAGGAAUUGUUCACUCACCUGCUCAAAGUUCAGCAGAGGAGCUUAGAAAUGACCGUGACGUAGUGGCUCACCCACAGCCAAUUCCACAGCAGUCAGCUUCUUCACGGCCAGCUCAACCUCAACUUGUUCAACCCGCUCGAUCUACUCAACCCAGACAAGCUCAAGAAGUGCAGUCAAGCGUGCCUGGUCAGUCCGCUGCUCUUGAUUCUUCAAACUCAGAUCAACAUGAAAAUAAUGAGGCUACAAAGGAGAAUUUCGGUGUGGCUGCUCCAGUAGCAGCUGGAGGCACUGAAGAUCAUGCUCUGGGUAAGUCGAGAAGUCUUGCUGGACCAACAGACUCAUCUCCUGAGGUGAAAGCUUCUUCAAAACCAAUUGCUACAUCUGUUGCUCCAGAGCAUGCCUCACUGAAGGAUGCUCCAGCUACCAAUGCUCCAAAAUAUGAAGACGUCAAUAAUGCACCACCAUCUUUUGAUGCAGGGCACAAUGGUAAUGAAUACGGGAAAGUACCAGGAGAUCGCGAAGCAGCUUCCCAACCAGAAGAACAUUCUAGACCUCCUAGACAUGACAAUAACCCAUUCUUUAAAAAGCAAUUUCAGCAAGUCAAUACCGAAAAGGCAAAUAUGCAAAGGAAUUUUCAAAGAGGUAUUCUGAACGAUAACAGCUGGAGCGACUCGGAAGAAGAAGAUUCUGACGACGAUGCGCCAAAUAGAGCGGAUGCACUUAAAUUGGCAAACUCCUUGUUUGGAGGAAUGGCGCCUCCGCUGUCAGUUCCUACAUCGGAGUCUUUGCUGACUCCUACUCAAGCAAGGAAAGGGGAAACAACUAGUCAACUCCAAGCUGAGCCAGGCACUGCUGCUAUCACUGAGCCAACUGUAAACAAGAAGCCUUUGGAGGAUUCUUCAACAGGAUCAAGUGGGGCAGGGUGGAAUACUGCGGAAUCGUCACCAGGUAUUAACGCUGAGAAUGGGGCUGAAGCAGUUCCACCAAUUCCACCAAUUCCACCAAUUCCGUCUUCAAGUACUUUGCCACCGCCACCACCAGCACUUGAGUCAGAUGCCCCAGCGUCUUCGUCUCAAUCUUUUGCAGCAGAAGAAGAGUUCGAAAGUUCAUCCGCUGUGCCUCCACCUCCUCCUGACUUUGCGCCACCUGUGCCACCAUCAGACUCAAUUUCACUGCCACCUCCUGCACCCCCAGUGCCCUCUUUUGAUGCUACACCUGCGCCAGCUGCCCCUCCUCCACCACCACCACCUGCACCCCCAGUGCCCUCUUUUGGAGCUCCAGCUGCCCCUCCUCCACCACCUCCGCCUGCCGCAGCCGCACAAUCGGCUUCUUUAAGUGGUGGGGCACCAUCUACUCCGAAUAUAGGAGCUUUGCUUUCUCAAAUUACAGGGGGAAAGUCAUUGAAGAAGGUUGAGACUAAAGAAUCGACUGGUGCCACUGUUGGAAGAGUUUUAUAG